GCAUGUGUGAGUGCAAUGUGUUUCGAUCAGUUUCGAUCCAAUAUAAAAUUUCGUUCAGUUCGUUCAUUUUCUCUGUGAGAAUGUUUCAUAAAUUAUUUCUUAGAAAUCUCCAGUCACUUACGAGAAUAACACAAACUUCAGCUGGAAUAUCAAAAAGAGCAAUGCAAACAAAUUACAGGGAUUACGUGAAGUUUCUAGAGCUUGUUGGGAACGUAAAGCAACUCAAACGAACUGGAUGGGUGUUAAGAAACGUCAGAGAACCUGAAACUGUAGCUGCUCACAUGUACAGAAUGUCACUACUAAGCUUUCUGAUUCCUGAGUCUUCUGCCCUUGAUCAAAUAAAAUGUAUGAAGUUGGCAUUGAUCCAUGACCUUGCAGAGGCCAUUGUCGGCGACAUCACGCCGUAUUGCGGAAUUGCAAGAGAAGAAAAGCAAAGACGCGAACAUGAGGCUAUCAUAGAAAUCUCAAGUCUUGUACCAAAGAUCAGCGGUGAAGAGAUUCUAAAGUUGUUUGAGGAGUACGAAUCUCAACAAACACCCGAGUCACAAUGGGUGAAGGACUGUGAUCGCUAUGAUAUGAUUCAACAAGCGUUUGAAUAUGAAAAACGAGAUGAAGCUCCAAUGAAGCAUCAAGAAUUCUUCGACAAUACGCGUGGAAUGUUUCGACAUCCAUUCUUCGUUCAUCUCGUAGAAGAACUUAACAAGCAGAGAGAGGAAUAUCUAUCAACAACUCUAGAGGAGAAGAAAAAUCACAGUGCCAGUUGAAAUUUGACACAUUUAACUAAAUAAACUUAAAUAAUUAGCUCAAUAACUCACUUUGCACAAACGUAUCAGAGUAGAGAAGAAAUUUUAAAAUUUGAUCUCUAAUUUAUCUAAUUGGAAUUUAUUUAGGGAAAAUUUCUUUCAUUUGUUUGUUUGUUUGUUUUUUUUUUUACCUUACGGGUAUCAAUAAUUAUAUAACUUAUUUUGAUUUCUUUAGAUUGUUGAUUCAUAUCUAAUAAUGAGUGGAAAGUGAACUUACCUAAUUAAUAAAUUGAGUUUUAAAUAAAAAUUAUUAUUUUGAGCAUAAA